AUGUGCAGACUGGGUCUCAGUUCCAACAGCCCCAACAGCCCCGGGCCUCACCCCAACAGAUCCAACCCUGGGUCUCAGUUCCAACAGCCCCAACAGUCCUGGGCCUCUCCCCAACAGAUCAAACCCUGGGCCUCAGUUCUAAUAGCCCCAACAGCCCCAACAGCCCCAACAGUCCUGGGCCUCUCCCCAACAGAUCAAACCCUGGGCCUCAGUUCUAAUAGCCCCAACAGUCCCAACAGUCCUCACCCCAACAGAUCAAACCCUGGGCCUCAGUUCCAACAGCCCCAACAGUCCUGGGCCUCACCCCAACAGAUCCAACCCUGGGCCUCAGUUCCAACAGCCCUGGGCCUAACCCCAACAAUUCAAACCCUGGGCCUCAGUUCUAACUGCCCCAAUGGUCCUGGGCCUCACCCCAACAGAUCCAACCCUGGGCCUCAGUUCCAACAGCCCCAACAGUCCUGGGCCUCUCCCCAACAGAUCAAACCCUGGGCCUCAGUUCUAAUAGCCCCAACAGCCCCAACAGCCCCAACAGUCCUGGGCCUCUCCCCAACAGAUCAAACCCUGGGCCUCAGUUCUAAUAGCCCCAACAGCCCCAACAGCCCCAACAGUCCCAACAGUCCUGGGCCUCUCCCCAACAGAUCAAACCCUGGGCCUCAGUUCCCCCAACAGUCCCAACAGUCCUCGGCCUCACCCCAACAGAUCAAACCCUGGGCCUCAGUUCUAACUGCCCCAAUGGUCCUGGGCCUCACCCCAACAGAUCCAACCCUGGGCCUCAGUUCCAACAGCCCUGGGCAACAGUCCUGGGCCUCACCUGCCCCAACAGUUCAAACCAACCCUGGGCCUCAGUUCCAACAGCCCCAACAGUCCUGGGCCUCACCCCAACAGUUCAAACCCUGGGCCUCAGUUCCAACAGCCCCAACAGUCCUGGGCCUCACCCCAACAGUUCCAACGCUGGGCCUCAGUUCCCACAGUUCCUACCCUGGCUCUCAUCUCCAGCCCAACGCUGGGCCUCUCCCAGCUCCAGCCCUGGGGACUCAGCUCCAGCCCAGGGACUCAGCUCCAGCCCCGGGACUCAGCUCCAGCCCCAGGACUCAGCUCCAGCCCAGGGACUCAGCUCCAGCCCAGGACUCAGCUCCAGCCCAGGGACUCAGCUCCAGCCCCGGGACUCAGCUCCAGCCCAGGGACUCAGCUCCAGCCCAGGGACUCAGCUCCAGCCCCGGGACUCAGCUCCAGCCCCGGGACUCAGCUCCAGCCCAGGGACUCAGCUCCAGCCCCGGGACUCAGCUCCAGCCCCGGGACUCAGCUCCAGCCCAGGGACUCAGCUCCAGCCCAGGGACUCAGCUCCAGCCCAGGGACUCAGCUCCAGCCCAGGGACUCAGCUCCAGCCCAGGGACUCAGCUCCAGCCCAGGGACUCAGCUCCAGCCCCAAGACUCAGCUCCAGCCCCAAGACUCAGCUCCAGCCCCGGGACUCAGCUCCAGCCCAGGGACUCAGCUCCAGCCCAGGGACUCAGCUCCAGCCCAGGGACUCAGCUCCAGCCCAGGGACUCAGCUCCAGCCCAGGGACUCAGCUCCACCCCAAGACUCAGCUCCAGCCCCAGGACUCAGCUCCAGCCCCAGGACUCAGCUCCAAGCCCGGGACUCAGCUACAACCCCGGGCCUCAGUUCCCACAGUUCCAACCCUGGGCCUAAGCUCCAACCCUGGUUCUCAGCUCCAACUCUGGGCCUCAGCUCCAACCCUGGGCCUCAGUUCCAACCCUGGGCCUCAGUUCCAACCCUGGGCCUCAGCUCAAACCCGGGCCUCAGUCCCAACCCCAGUUCUCAGUCCCAACAGUCCCAACCCCAGUUCUCAGUUCCAACAGUCCCAACCCCAGUUCUCAGUUCCAAAAGUCCCAAACCCGGGCCUCAGUUCCAAACCUGGGCCUCAUAUUCAACCCCGGGACUCAGUUCCAAACCCGAGCCUCAAUUCUAACCUUGGGCCUCAGUUCCCACAGUUCCAACCCUGGGCCUCAGUUCCAAUCCCGGUCCCAGUUUCAACUCUGGGCCUCAGUCCCAACCCCGGGCCUCAGUUCCAACUCUGGGCCUCAGCUCCAACCCCGGGCCUCAGUUCCAACUCUGGGCCUCAGCUCCAACCCUGGGCCUCAGUUCCCACAGUUCCAACCGUGUGCUUCAGUUUCAACCCUGUGCUUCAGUUCCAACCCUGUGCCUCAGUUCCAACCCUGAGCCUCAGUUCCAACCCUGGACCUCAGUUCCAAUCCCGGUCCCAGUUUCAACCCUGGGCCUCAGUUCCAACUCUGGGCCUCAGCUCCAACCCUGGGCCUCAGUUCCAAUUCUGGGCCUCAGCUCCAUCCCUGGGCCUCAGUUCCCAGAGUUCCAACCCUGUGCUUCAGUUCCAACCCUGUGCCUCAGUUUCAACCCUGUGCCUCAGUUCCAACACUGUGCCUCAGUUCCAAACCUGGGCCUCAGUUCCAACCCUGGGCCUCAGUUCCAACCCUGGGCCUCAGUUCCAACCCUGGGCCUCAGUUCCAACCCUGUGCCUCAGUUCCAACCCUGUGCCUCAGUUCCAACCCUGUGCCUCAGUUCCAACCCUGUGCUUCAGUUUCAACCCUGUGCCUCAGUUCCAACCCUGUGCCUCAGUUCCAACCCUGUGCCUCAGUUCCAAACCCGGGACUCAGCUCCAAACCCGGGACUCAGCUACAACCCCGGGCCUCAGUUCCCACAGUUCCAACCCCGGGCCUCAGUUCCCACAGUUCCAACCCUGGGCCUCAGUUCCCACAGUUCCAAACCUGGGCCUCAGCUCCAACCCUGGGCCUCAGCUCCAACCCUUGUCCUCAGUUACAGCCCCAGUUCUCAGUUCCAACAGUCCCAACCCCAGUUCUCAGUUCCAAAAGUCCCAAACCCAGGCCUCAGUUCCAACCCUGGUUCUCAUUUCUAACCCCGGGACUCAGCUCCAAACCCGAGCCUCAAUUCCAACCCUGGGCCUCAGUUCCAACCCUGGGCCUCAGUUCCAACAGUCCCACCUCCGGGCCUCAUUCCCAACAGUCCCAACCCCGGGUCUCAGUUCUAGACACUCUCCCUCAGGGCUCUGUUACUCCUCCCCAAAGUGUUACCUCACACUCAGAGGUGAAAGGGUCACACUCCACAGAAUGACUGCCCAACAUUCCUGCAGUUUAAAGUGUUUAAACUGUUUACGGACUGCUCAGACAUGGCAGGAGUAG